AUGAGCAUCAUCACCAAGCAACUGUCAGGAGAAUUCACCACAUUGCGUCACACAUCCUCUAGGGAUGAGGGCGAUGUCUGGUAUAAUUGGGCAAGAUGUGUCACACAUGAGAAAUUGCACCUUCUGUUACACUCCUGUCUACAGCGAGUGUACCCUCUGGUACCAUGCUGCACUCCUGACAUGCAGCACGAAGAUAUUCGCGGUCCACUGAACCAAAGCUCAGGCUUCACUUCUUCUGACUGCCAAAGUCGCGCGUACGUAUGGUGUGGCAUAUUACACUGA